AUGGUACAUACGUUUGCUCAAGUCAAAGUGAAAUCUCAGCGAAGCGAAGGUCUGGUUAAUGCAGAGCUCAGAGACAACGGAUUGCUCGUUAGUGAUGGAGACAGCAAGGUGCCUGUGAAAAUUGGGAGACCACCAUUCUGUCCCUUCCAUCAUUUGAAUGAGACAGAAAUUAAACGACUUCCUGGUGAUGUGCUAAAUGGCGGUGUCUUCAGUGGAACAGCUGUCAUUGUCCACACCGGAGACAACAAAAUCUUACUGACAAGAAGGGCAAGCCACUUGAAAUUAUUCCCAGGAGUUUUGGUUCCACCAGGUGGACACAUUGAAGGAAAUGAAACGAUCGUGGAGUCUGGGAUACGAGAACUUCGGGAAGAAACUGGGAUCACUCUAAGGCAGUCUGAUUUUGUGGAUUCUCGCCUGCCGAUCUUAGCUCUGUGGGAGUCGACGUUUCCGCCGAAGCUAAGCCUAGGCCUGUCGACACACCAUCACAUUGUGGUCUUCAUUCUUGCCAAGCUGUUGCCGUCUAUUACGUCACAGAAGCUACAGAAGCAAAUGGAUCUGAAUCCGGCGGAAGUAGGCGCAAGUGCGUGGCUGGAUAGACAGAUGGUCGAGGCCAUAACUUCCGCCAGCGGAGAAAACCGGCCAUAUGGGAACGAUCAUAAAACUCUUCCUCAGAAAAUAAAGGCUAUACUGGUUACUGAAAACAAGGAACAAAUAUUGACUGAUCUUCCUACAGCGCCAUUAUUAGAAACAUCUUCAGAUGCCGUGGACAUAAAAAGGGUUUGCACUGGGACGAAAUUUGUCUUAGAAGAAUGGCUUAAAGUGACGUAGGGUGGGCAACAGGAAAAAGGCACCCAGAAAUGCAUUAACCAAUGAGGAACCCAGUUACACAGCGGAAGUGCCAGCUAAAGCCCUCCCAGCAAUGGCGACCGGCAUGUUUCCGGUCGGAGACAGCCCUUAAAUUGAAAACGGAAGUUGGCAGAGAGUGCACAGGGUGGGGAUUAUACAUUCGAUACAAAAAUUUCCAGCGACUCAUUGAGAAGGGUGAACAAUAAAUUACAGUUAAUUGUCCUGCAUCAUGUAACUGUAUAGUCGGUGGCCGUUAUACCGAGUAGAUUGUUACAGUCGAUGGGCUUUCUGCUAGGCAAAAUGCGGGUAGACGUUGCCAAUUUAUGAUUGUCUCAUUGAUUCUGAGGCGAAGACGAUACGUCAGGUAAAUUGACCGUGACAAAAAGCUGAGCAUUUUGUCCAAGGAAUCAUUGUUCUUGGAGGCUCUUAUAUCCGCAACCAUUCCACUGUUGAAGCAGUAAGCCUACAUGAGAAACAUCAUUGUAUGUACACGCUGCAUACUAUAUAGUUGCUAAACAUACACACUCUACAGGGACAACAAUGUAAUUGUUCCAUGUAAUAUCAGUUGUGAUGUUUGUUUAUUAACCGUGCUUGGUUAACGUGCUAUAGAGCAGUACAAUAUCAGAGAAACCUCUCACCAAUGCGGUUGCUAUUAGGUCAAAGACUGCUCGACUCGUUUCCUCUCCAUUCAAACGUAGGAAGGUCUGCAGCAACUUGUGGAUGAUCGUCGGUUUGCCCAGCACCUUGCCCGAUUUCUUCCCGGUAGAAUGUAUAUAUGAAAGGGAAAAUACAUGCAGUUAUAAAAAUGUAACGCUCAAUACAUUAUACUAUUACGCGUCUUACAUUUAUACAAAUUCUUGCGGAUUUGUUUUUUGUUUUUUUUUUCGCAGUGAAAACGGUUUUAGUUUGUUCGUUAAUUCUGAUUGACGAACGAAUAUCAUAUGAUAUACUUCGUGAAACAGAGGAUGGUCGCGACAUUCCCCGGGGCUCUCCUCGGUUUACUCCCACCACAAUACU